AUGUAUCCCCGUACCACUGCCCAGGACCUGAUGCGAUGUGAUCUGUGUGAGACUAUAGUACAGAUGCACAGUGAUACAUGCCUCGCCAAUCUGUGUAAGCCCUGUGUUGGAGAACACAUUUCAAAAGAGGAUUUCAAGGAUCACAAGGUGGUCAAUUUUCAGAAUAGGAAUACUACUGUACUCUAUCCUGAUUGUACCACACAUGAGAAAGAAAAAUGUGCAAUGUAUUGCAAACACUGUGAUAUUCCCGUCUGUCAUAGUUGCUUAGCAACUAAUAAUCACAAAAGUCAUACGUUAACAAAAACCUUGCAAGUUCUUAGUGAAAAGCAAGAUAUGAUAAAAAAGGACCAAAUUGAAUUUCAAAAAAGAAUCUAUUCAACAUACAAGGAAAUUGCCUCUGAUGUUCAGAACAAAAUAAGUCAGUUAGAGAAGGAAUAUGAAGAUUUCUCAACAACCAUAACACAACAUGAAAAAAACCUGCACGAGAAAAUUGAGCAACAUGUCUCGAAACUCAAAUCUGAAGCUGACGGAAUGAGAGUGUCACAGUUACAAACAUUAAAAAAAACAGAACACAUCUCAAAAUAUUACUUCAAUACUGGAUUCCCUCCACGAGUCCCACCUAAACCACAAACGACGAACUUGCUGCCAUCUUCAGGCAAACAGAAAUUAUAG